AUGACGACGAUUCUGGUCCUCAUAUUUGCCGUCGAGGUGUUGGCGCAGCUCACCACCGCCGUGGGCGCGGCACAGAUCAACAACCUGAUCUGGACCUUGAUAAACUAUCUCCCCGUCUCGACGUCUGAAGCCGCCGCCGAGCAGCGCAGGCUCCAGGCCGAAUACCUCAGAGUACGGCGGGACUUGAACGCCACGAGUAGCCAGGACGAGUUUGCGAAAUGGGCCAAGCUGCGAAGGCAGCAUGACAAGCUGCUGGAGGAGCUCGACGCAGCCAAGAAAAAAAUGGAGGCCUCGCGAGCCCGGUUCGACAGCUACCUCACGGCGAUGCGGAUGCUCGCCAUCAAAGUGCCCCAAUACGUGCUCCCCUUUUGGUACGGCAAGGAACCCAUGUUCUGGCUGCCGUACGGCUGGUUCCCGUACUACGCCGAAUGGAUCAUCUCCUUCCCCCGGGCGCCCAUGGGCAGUGUCAGCGCUCCGUCGUGGCAGCUUGCCUGCUCGGGAGUCAUUGCCCUCCUCGGCGAGAUCGUCAUGUUUGCCGGCGGGCAAAUCUUCGCGCAGUCAAAGACGAGGGUGGCACUGCCGGCGAAGAAGGCCCAGAAGCCCGGAACGCAGACCGGGCACGGGUCGGAAGAAAAGAAGGCACUGUAG